UAUAAAGACUGCCUGGUCGAUUUUCUCGUCAUCAUUUGGCACCGGACACUCUUGGCGGUACGAUCAGCAUCGGCAGAAUGUCGAGACUCGCGAUCCUCUUGCCCGUUGCGCUGUUCGUUGCGAUUACAGUCGCGUUACCGGCGGCUCCACCGGAAUCCCAAGAUCUUCAAAGAGUAAUAAGAGCAGCCGCACCGGAACCUGCACGUCUUAAACGUCAAUACGGCGGUGGUUACGGCGGUGGUUUCGGCGGUGGUUACGGUGGUGGUUUCGGCGGCCCAUCGCGUUAUCCGGGUUUCAUCGGAGGGCACCGAGGAUUCGGAGGUGGUUGCAGAUCACAUGGAGGACCAUGCGGCGGCGGUCCAUCGCAUUAUCCAGGUCUCAUCGGAGGUUCCUUCGCCAAUAGUGGAGCCAAUGCCGGUUCGAUAAACACACCCUUCGGCGGUGGUUCCUUUUCCUCCUCGUUUGCUAAUGCUGGUUCCCGUUAUGGACGAUGAACGACUUAA